AUGUGAAGGUUUUUUUAAACAAACAGCUUGGCAGGUCUUUCGUGUAUUGUUACUCGCGCCCUGUUAAGUUAAAGAAGUCACUUUCCUUUCUGAACAUUCUGUCGAAGGCACUCCGCAGAGACAUGUCAGCUUUUUGGCUCUUAUUUGUCACCACUGUGCUUAAAGUUUCUUGGGCACAAUUAGACGCCCAAAGACUUACUCUAGCACUUCUUGACCGCAUUCAUGAGCCUCUUCUGAUACCAAAAGGGGAAAGAGCUCCGAUUACAUUCAUCAUGCCCCCUGAAUACAUUAGUGACAACAUCGCUCCGUUUGCUUCGAUUUUAGUGAAUAAAUCAUCAGCAUCCCAGGCGGGGAAUCAGAAAUUUCAGAUUGAAAGAAACGAUGAAGUUUCCAAGCUAAUUGAGGAAUUCAGUUCUCUUGAGAGAACUAAGAGAUUCUCUACUUUCACUCCAAGCCACAUGAACAUGGCGAGCACCAUGACAAAAUUCCUCAUGGACCAGAAAGAUAUCAAAUCGUUUUUCAACGCGGCAGCAAUUUUUCGGGACAACGUUAAUCCUGGCCUUUUCGUGCAUAGUUUUGUAGUCUCUAUUUAUCACAGAGAGGACUGCAAAAGCAUCAAACUGCCACCGUUGUUUGAAAUCUUCCCAGAAAAGUUCAUCGAUGGGCCUACUUUGAUGGAAGCCAAGCAAUUGGCAUUGAUGUUAGGGGACUCUAAUAAGCAAACUUCACAAUUAACUUCCACUGUAUUUGAUCUGGAGAGCAAUCCAACCGCAUCGAUUCGCGAACCGGAACAAAAAUUGGCAUAUUUCCGCGAGGACAUUGGAAUAAAUCUGCACCACUGGAACUGGCACUUGAUUUAUCCUUUCCAGGGGCCAGAAAACGUGGUGAAUAAAGACAGGAGGGGAGAAUUAUUUUACUACACUCACGAACAAAUUUUGGCCCGCUACGAAAUUGAGCGGAUGUGCAACAAUUUACCUCGGCUAGUUAGAUUGACCGACUUUCAUGCUCCAAUUACUGAGGCGUACUUUCCAAAACUUUUCACCCAAACGGCCUCAAAAAAUUGGACACCCAGACCAGCAGGAGUACUUUUAAAAGACCUUGACAGAGAGGCGGAUCAAGUAGUAAUGGAAAUAAAUGAGCUGGAUUUGUGGAGAUCGAGAAUUAUGGAAGCGAUAGACAAGGGAAGGGUGCAAAAACCUGAUGGUUCCACUUUGGCACUUGACGAAUUUGAUGGCAUUGAUGUCUUGGGCAAAAUUGUUGAGCCCACCGAAUACAGCAUAAAUCGGCCAUAUUACAACAAUCUGCACAAUUUUGUCCACUUGGCAAUCGCAUGGGUUCACGAUCCACUCGAAAUUUACCUUGAGGGCUUGGCAGUGAUUGGAACAGUGGAGACGGCGAUGAGAGACCCUGUUUUUUAUAGACUGCAUGGCAUGAUUAACCACAUUUUUCAAAAGUACAAAGAAACUCUCGCACCUUAUGCAGAAAAUGAGCUUAAGUUCAACGGCAUUCGGUUGACAAACGCAUUGGUCUCAACUGAUUAUAUUACAUCGUCCAACACCCUUUAUACUUUUUGGCAAAGGAGGACGAUCGACCUGAGCCGAGGUUUGGACUUUUUUCCAAGAGGUCCUGUCUCAGUCAAAGUCGUCCACCUUGAUCACCGCAACUUCACGUACCAAAUAACGGCUUUCAAUGACAAUUUACUGGCGAAGAAAGCAUUGAUUAGGAUUUUCUUUGCCCCGAAGUAUGAUGCGUCAGGCGAGGAACUCAAUUUCAACAAGCAGCGAACUCUCUUCAUUGAACUUGACAAGUUUGAUGUGCAAUUGAAGCCAGGUUCUAACACAAUUACCCGCCGUUCCAUGGAAUCGUCCGUAACCAUACCUUUUGCCCAGUCUACAAAAUCACUUGAGUACAAUGAAACUGCGAUUAACGACCCUGGCCGCUGUGGCUGCGGUUGGCCGCAUCACAUGUUAAUCCCGAAGGGCAACACGGAAGGUUAUCCAGGCGUCCUUCUUGUCAUAGCUUCAAACUACGCCACUGAUUGGACACCGACAAAAGUUUCAAAAAAUUCGGGUGACGUUUGCCAAACUGCGGCUUCUUACUGUGGCAUUUUCAACCAGAAGUACCCAGACAAGAAACCCAUGGGCUAUCCAUUUGACCGUUUGAGCACAGCAAAAACUUUGGCAGAAUUUAUGACACCCAACAUGGUCAGCCAAAGUGUUAAAAUUUUUCACAAGAAUGUCGUAUCAGGAAGAAACUCUCUUGACGAUGCGGAUGUUAUCUAUGAUGAGAGUCAAAAGUAUGAAGAAAAUUUGACCUCAGUUUGAUGCUUGUUUGAUUUUUAUUGCAAAGGAAUGUUUUAAAAACUGCGUGGUUUGAAAUAAAAUUUUGAUGCAAGAAUAAACAAAUCAUUAUUUUGUAUUAAU